UUAGUACUCCGUACAAAACUCGACCAAACGGCCGUAACCCAACUGCUAAAUUCAUUUCAUUUAAUUUUAAAGAAUUGUAUUAGCAAUAAUGCAAAAGAGCAAAUGGAUAGCCACGGUUGCAAGCAUAUGGAUCCAGUGCAGCUGCGGUCCAUCCUACGCUUUCGGAAUCUACUCAGCUGUACUGAAAUCCAGCCAAGAUUACGAUCAAUCCACUCUCGACACCGUCUCAGUUUUCAAAGACAUCGGGGCUAAUAUUGGAAUUCUAUCUGGUCUGCUUUACCAUGCGGUCACAUAUAAUAACAGAACCAAUUCAACCUCUCGUUUUGGGGGGUCGGCGGGUUUACCCUUGGUUUACUUGGCUGGAGCGGUUCAGUUCUUUGCAGGCUACUUUCUGAUGUGGUUGUCUGUUACGGGAGUCAUUAACAAGCCUCCUGUAUUGGUCAUGUGUUUGUUCAUGUUCAUGGGUGCACACGCCCAAACCUUUUUUAACACCGCAAAUAUUGUUGUUGCGGUUCAGAACUUCCCUGAUUAUAGCGGAACAACUGUUGGCGUUAUGAAGGGAUUUCUUGGUCUAAGUGGAGCAAUAUUAAUACAAGUCUACUCGACACUAUUUGAUGGCAAUCCUACAAGCUUCUUACUUAUGCUUGCUUUUUUUCCAACACUCGUGUCUCUCUUACUCAUGUUUUUCGUUCAUAUAAAUCCCGGGGACACCACCAACGACAAACAUCAUUUGAAUGAUUUCUCAUUGAUCGCGCUCAUUGUGGCUGCAUAUCUAAUGAUCAUAAUCAUCUUUGAAAACAUCUUCACUUUCCCAUCAUGGGCUCACAUCCUCGCCACCACCAUUCUUUUCAUUUUGCUUUCGUCCCCUCUCAAAGUAGCAUUGGCAGCCCAAAAAGGUGAACAACAAACACCACCGCCCAUCAUGGCUCCGCUGAUCAUAACUUCAGAGACUAAUGAGGGUGUACCAAAUGAUGUACAAGUAGAAAUGAAUCUAUUACAAGCCAUGGGAACUAUUAACUUCUGGUUGUUGUUUGUACCUAUGGUUUUUGGGAUGGGGUCAGGGUUGGCAACAAUCAACAAUAUAUCUCAGAUAGGCCAGUCUCUUGACUACUCUACGGCUGAAAUCAAUGCAAUGGUUUCUCUAUGGAGUAUAUGGAACUUUCUAGGCCGGUUUGGUGGUGGAUUUGUAUCUGAUAUUUUCCUACACAGAUAUGGAUGGGGCCGGCCAGUGUUCAUCUCGAUUACACAAGCAACAAUGGUCAUUGGCCAUUUAAUCAUUGGCUUGGGUGGGAAUCUGUACAUUGGUUCUGUAAUAGUGGGCAUUUGCUAUGGAUCACAAUGGUCAUUGAUGCCUACAAUCACUUCGGACAUAUUUGGAGUGAAGCAUAUGGGGACUAUUUUCAACACUAUCGCGGCAGCUAACCCCAUCGGUUCAUAUUUGCUUUCUGUGCAAGUGAUUGGAAGCAUUUACGACAAGGAAACACAAGCAGGAGGGGGUUCGUGCUAUGGCAUUCAUUGUUUUAUGCUUUCUUAUUUUAUAUUUGCCGGUGUUUGUAUGUUUGGGUUUCUUGUUUCAUUGGUGUUGUUUUUCCGCACAAGGGAAUUUUACGCAUCAAUCUUGCAAAGACGCUCAAAGCAACUUCAGUUUUAGCCAAAACACAAGAGAGAAUGACCUUUGUGUUGCAAGUCAUUAUAUAAAAAUUGGAUUGUAUUAUUGUUUUAUAAUUUAUACAUUCAUUUUUUUAAUAGAAACUCAAUUAUGUUGGGUACUUUACUA